AUGCCCGGCGAGGAAAUGCCCGGCGAGGAGAAGCCCGGCGAGGAAAAGCCCGGCAUCAAAAAGCCUAGCGAAAAAGAGCUCGGCAAGCCGAUUGCGGAGCCCGUCAAGGUUCCAGAAGAGAUUCCAGGGACGCCAGUGGAAGUACUACAACCCAAGCUGGUCAAGGGUCUCGGCUGGCUUCAAAUCCUGAAGAUCAUAACCAAUGUGGUGGAUUCUGCUGCCGCUCGUAUAAAGGCAGCCCCGUCAGAUAACAGCCAUGAAACACUGUCGUCAGAACUCAAGAAGGCCGGAACGGUGCUGGCCGGUAUUGCAAACGACACGAUACCCGGCUUGACAGAAAUCGAAGAACACAUGGCAGAGCUAACUAGCAAGUUGGAGUCGAUCCCGGAUAAUGAUUCAGCUACCGAUAAGGCGCUUAAAGUGUCGAGUGCGAUUCUCGAAUACCAGGCACAAGUGGAGCUAACGAUAUUUGAAAACUAUUUCCCCGGCGUUCCCGAGGUCAUGAACAACUACCAAAAGGAGCUCGCGGAAUACAAAAGCUUCAAAGGCAACGAAACCGCACUCCAAAAAGGUGAAAGAAUCGCACUGUUGGUCACAAAAGGGACCCUAAAUACCCUCAACGACGUGAUGCGGGAUUGGGUUCCCGGCUAUCAGGAGGCCGAAGAUAGUGUGGAAAAGGAAGCAAAAACUCUAUAUGAAAAAGUCCUGAACAAGCAAGAAAGCUUUUGGGAAGUUUUGAAGGAGGGCAUUAUAGCACCCGCCAAGAUAGUUGCCGACACACUACACAGGGCAGUGCAAAAUUAUAUCCCUGGUGAGAAGCAGGUCGAAAGUCUCAUCUUUGGCGACGGAGACGACGGCAAGUCUCAACAACCUAGCGAGACACCACCGGCGGAGCAGGUGAGCCCCCCGAACACAGAACCUUCGAGCAAACUGUCAAAGCCUGCCCGCGAACAGUGGGACCUCUUUCUGGUAAACGCAUUAGACAAAGAAAAGGCUGCGGAGUGCGCCCAGACCAAAGUAGGCGAGGAAAAGAAGAACGGAGGCGCGGAUGCAAAAGACGGCUGGAAAGCCAAGCUGCCCGAAUUGACGAAACAGUGCUACGAGGAACAAUUCAAUGACUGGCGGGGGAAGUCUGAUACGGGUAAGCGAUCCCUUUUGGCAUGA